AUGGAUGAGCUCGUGCAUCAUUGUCUCAGAGAGCUUUCGUUCGACGGCGAUCUUGGUUGUAACGUUUCCCGCUUGCGAGAUUUCAUCGUAGGAUUCUACAGUCACGACGCUACCCACCCGCAGGUCGUCGACGAUGCAUUUUGCGCGUUUGUCUGGUCUAUAGUUGUCCAGCAGCCCACUGUCCGCGUUGGUACAGUUCCUGUGGGCGUAUCAUCCGAAGUGUAUAUCGCUCCUCAGACGAGCGCAAAGCGUAAGGCGGCAGCUAAGGGCGAGGAAUAUGGCGAAGAUCUCAGGAUUGCUGUUGAUCCAGAGACAUCUUUUGCUGCAAUCACAGGAUCUCAUAUCAGAUCUUCGAAACUCAGUCCGAUGGUUUACAGUGCUUUGCAACUCAUCACAAGAGGGCGCGAAGAAGGUAUUACAACUGUCGAGCUUGGACGCAAGACAAAGUACGAUCAGAAAACGUGCUUUUAUGUCAUCAAACAACUGCUGGAGCUUGACUUAAUGGUAGCAUCAAAGCACGGCGAGGGAGGUGUUGGUAAUCACUCCUGCAUUCACAAGUAUUUUGUGGAGCGCAGCGCGUUCUGGCAACAGAUUCAGCAAGAGGAAACCAAGACGACGAGUCUAUUGUUAUUGGAGAGAGUCAUCCGCAAGAUGCAACCCCUGUUGAAGAUGGGACUCCCUCUGCUGCACCAUCGGAACUCGACUUUGAGCCUGUGGAUUCCAGACAUUUGUCUAUUGUUGAAGGCGUCGCAAAACAAUAUGCACGCAUCAAAUAAUUUAAUUAUCACCAUCGGCUUUGCGAAUCCAACCAAGACAGACCGUCGCUUCUUUCAAACCCGUCUGCGAGAGUUGAUUGCGCAAGGAGUGAUAGAACGUGUCUUGGUUCCGAGCUCCAAAGUCAAAGACAGACUUGUCAAGUGCAUACGACUUGUUGCUCCAGACAAUCAACUCCCAGAGGGCGGUGUCAUUCUUGCCCCUCAGGAAGCUGGUCACACUGAAGUUAGGGCAAACCGCACAAUUCAAAAACAAGUGUCAGAUGUGCUUGAAGAAGCAGGGUCUUCCGGCAGAACUCUCCACGAAAUCUGCAGCGCUCUUGGCAAUUUCGAUAAACGUACUAUUGAGCUUCUGUUAACGCGAGCAGCCAAGAGUCGACCUCCCGCUCAUCUCAGCGAUCUCGGGACAGCGGACUUCAUGGAGUCGUUUGGACGGGAAAGACGACAUCGAUAUUAUACUCUCGCGGCAUAUACAACAGUCAUGGCCAGCGAAAAGCUCGGAGAUACCACAACGUCAUAUGUUGAUAUUGAUGUCUCAAAAGCCGGUGAUUUUGCUGUGUUCCACGAGGCAAUGUUUUAUGAUGACGAUGAAACUCUCCACUACUACGAAGACAUGUUCAAAGACAAGGAGGACGCCAAAAAACCGAAGAUCCAGGAGAUGACGAAGCGGUUUGAAGAUACGCCAGAACCUGUCCCAAAAGCCAAAAGGGGCCGCCCACCGAAAAAGCCACGUGGUGAGGAGGAUGGUGACAUCUCUAUCCCUCCGAAAAAGCGUGGUCGACCUCGCAAAAACCCGAUUGCUGAGGAGGGUGAUGGGACCUCGACGGAUGUCAAUGUCAUUGUUCUUCCCGCACAAGUCCCGUCAGCGCCUCCAUCAGAGACCAGUGGACACCCUCCAGAAAGCCCAGCAAGUAGUGUGAUGGUGCAAGAGCCGAUGGAUUAUUCGUUCAUGGAUAACCACCCCUCCGCACAAGAAUCUAUGAUUAUCGAUCCUGUGCUGUUGGGGACGUCCCCUUUGAUGGAGGCGGAUGUAAUGCCUACUGUGAUAGGAGAGAAACGGAAGGGAUCCCCACCACUAGUAACACCUUCCCAACCCAAGCGCACGCGAACAUCUACGCCUGUGAUAACUCAAAACAAAUCUGAACAUAUCUCAUUUACGCCGCGAGAGAACGAAUUUUUCCGGGUAAUCCAAGACUUGGGCGGCAUUGCAAAUCUGCACACAAAACAUUUUUUUGAUGCGCAUAUGGCUCUGCUGAAUGAUAUGGCUCAGCGUGGAGAACCUGCAAGUGCGCCCUCAGGAACUCGUAUCGACAAGAGAACCGCAGACGCCACCAUAAAGAACAUGGAAAGCCGUGGCCGCAUCAAAGUCCUCAAAACCACUACAUUUCAGGAGCCUGUGGACUUUGGAGCUUCGAGCAGUGUUUCACAAUGCACCACUCUACCGCUUCAUCUACUGCAAAUAGAGAAAUCCGGGAAAGAUGAUGAUGAACAUCAGGUUCUUGACGCUGCUAAGGCGGAGGAACUCUUCGCAUACGACUCUGAAACGAUCUGCGACGUGUUGCUUACGGAGAGAACCACGCUCGACGUUCCCAUUGCCAUUUAUUGCUCAUUCAUUGCCGUUCUCACUUACGACGAAGAACUAUCAAAGCUCAUAGCCUCUGUGGAGAGCAGAGAAAACACUGGUCAGAGACCUGCCGAACCGUAUUUCAGCAAAGCUGCAGUUGCACUCAAAGCAGCCUCUUUUGACGGGUGGCGGGUAUCCGCACCAUCCGCCGCGCCCCAAUAUUGGCGCUUCAAUGAAAACAGCACCGUUACAUCUAUGGGCUCUUUCGAAUUCUUCCCCGCCUUACUGGAGGCAUCCUUUGGGGACGAGCUGCAUAAAGUCAGUCGAGAUGUUGCAUACGCACGAAGCACCGUUUGUCCAACGCACGGCACUUUGGGACCUCCAGCAAACACACCUCUUCUGCGGUUCCUUCGCCGGAGAGUAUCUUGGGACUUGGAAUACCGCUUAACCUGGCACCAGAAGCGUUAUCUAGAUCAAUCUGUAGACAGCGCCACGGCCCACAGUCCACUUGACGAAGAGGAUAGUGACUUACAGCUGCAGCAGAUUUGUCAUGUUCUUAGCGCUCCACGCGCGCCUGUUGUCGCCUACCUCAAAGACGCUGCUGAAAGGGUUUUGCGUGAGAUAAAGAAGGCACGGGCGAGGCAGAAACGAGACGAAGCGGAAGCAUUGUACGAUGCAAACAUCGAAGCCAAAAACCAUGCUUCAAAAGAAGGCCAAAGAAGCGAAGCUUCAGAGGGAAAGCGACUGGGAAGCUUUGCUUCAGCGCCUCAAUCAGAGAUACGGAUCGAUGGCAAAGUGAAAUUGAAAACGCCGUCCGAGAGGCUCGACUGGCUUCCCAACAAGGUCAUCGCAAGGCCGAAAGCGCUUGCGGUUCCGCGCAUAGCUUUACCUCCUGUUGCAGCCAAUCCUCCUGAAGAAAUCGACCAAUCAGAGAAUAAGACAUCACGCCAGAGGCGCUCUAGAUUCCACUGGACUCGAGAAUACGAUGAGCUUGCCCGUGAUGCAUCUGCUAUAAUUCGUGCCCGAUGUCGCGGUGGGGUCAAGAUCGAUCUUUCAGCUUUCGACCAGGUAUUUCCUGCUGUGCCACGUAAUUCUGUCCGCCUCCGCCUCUCGCACCUCCGAGAGAAUACUGGUGAAGAAGUGUAUAUGAGGCGCCUCGAGGACCGAUGGCAUGAGCUUUGGGUUCAACAUAGGGGUACCGAGCACCUUCCCGACGAAGAUCCUCAAAGCCCAUCGAACUUUGACAUCAUGCUGACCACAAUUAGGAGAGUUGGUUACGUUGAGCAUACAACUCGGACGAAGCUACCAGCAUCAGUGGAUGACAUCAUACAUCGUUUCGAUGUGCUUUGCAACACAACUAUUUCUCCUGCUUGGGAAUUUGUGUGGCAAGCUACCGUCGAAGAAGGUCGAGAGAAACAGUUUCUCCGACAGUCUUUCACUCAUGGAGCAGACGAAGUUCCAUAUGUCACAAACAUAAGUGAUGAUGUAGUUCAAGUCGCGGAAGCUGCGCUAAAGGUGGCGGUUAUGGUUUUUGGCAUGUCAACCGAGCAUUACGACGCUGAUUUGGCAGCGGAAUUGCUCCACAGUGCAGGUGAUCAGUCUGUAUCCCUCGCAACCUCCAAUCUUUUGCGGCGCGGAGUCCUGUCAAGGGUGGUUCGUGAUCCCAAAAAGAUGAAGCCGGGACGUACAUUGAAAAUAUCAGACGUCAACCUAAACGCCAUCGGAGGCUUGAUUCAUGGAGACUUAUUCCAAGACGCUGUCGCUCUGGAUGAGGUAUUUGCAGAGCAAGUUGGCAUCCUGGAAUGGCCUUUGUUAGCUUCUGAUGGUGACACCGCAGCACUACUCCAGCUGGUGUCAGAGGAGCAGAUACGGCACAGUUGCGAAACGCUCGAACAAGGCUUGACUGGAACAGCAAAAAAGCAGAGAAUAGAUGACGAUGAUAUCGAGACUAGCAUACAAGUCCGCUUAAAUGCAGUCGACAACGGAGACGAUAAUGAGGGCAAUGGAGGUGCGAUGUUGCCUUCAUACGAGUCGCGCUUGGACCCUACGAACACACCACUGGAUGAGAGCAUGCAACGUGAACAUGGAAAAACGGUGACUGGAACUGACGCCGCUUGCGCUAAGAAGACGCAAUCAAAAAUCGUAAAUUGCGUACUAUGCACCGAGUCGACGUUUUCCGAGUUUAUCGCUGGUCUGGAUUGCGAACAACGAAAACUGGCUCAAGAUAUUUUUGAUCGAGCUAAUGCGUCAUCAGAAUCAGGUUCAUCAAAGUCGCACUACCUAGCUUUUGGUGCUGGUGAUGUGGUUAUGGACCUGUUACAACGAAUGUCCCAAACAUCCCCACCCCUCAUUUUGUGGGUUGGAUACUCUGCGCCAGUCAUCGUUUCCUGCCUUCAUGCUCGUUCUUGGACAGUGGAGAUCAUUAGGGAACCAAAAGCUCUUGCCUUACCUCGACGUUGGCUAGAUAUCCGUGGUGAAACAAUACAAGAGACCUGGGACGCUGCUUUACAUGCUGUGGUAUUCUCAGACCGAGCUGCGGUGGAGGCUUAG